CCAAGGCUUUCAAGCCCAAGUUGAGUCUUCCAUUUUUACUUAUCUCGGUCACCUUUGUAUUUCUUCCUUGCAGAUUAUAUUACUAUCAGAUACUUUUUCCCUGAGAGAUAAAACUCCCAUACCAAUGUUGGAGGGAUAAAUCAGGUGAAGUAGAUAUGUUCAAGAACCAACUGCAGGAACUUGCACAAAGAAGCUGUUUUAACCUCCCUUCCUAUGCCUGCAUCAGAGAAGGACCCGAUCAUGCCCCAAGAUUCAAAGCGUCUGUGAACUUCAAUGGUGAGAUCUUUGAAAGCCCAAGCUACUGCCCUACAUUGAGACAGGCUGAGCAUGCUGCUGCAGAGGUAGCUCUCAAUAUCCUGUCUGCAAGGGGUCCUUCAAGGUCUCUCACUGCAAGAGUUCUUGAUGAGACUGGAAUUUACAAGAACCUCCUUCAGGAAACUGCUCAUAGAGCUGGGCUUAACCUCCCUGUAUACACCACGGUCAGAUCAGGUCCUGGUCAUGUCCCAAUCUUCACUUGCACGGUGGAGCUCGCCGGUAUGAAUUUCAUGGGUGAGCCAGCCAAAACAAAAAAGCAAGCCGAGAAGAAUGCUGCAAUUGCAGCCUGGUCUGCCUUGAAAAGAAUGCCAAGCUUAGAUUCGUUGACAAAUAAAGAAGCGGACAAUCGUGAGGAUCAGGAUCAGGCGGUUGUGUCAAGAGUCCUCUCAAGCUUCAAGCCAAAAGAUGAAAGCAAACAAUUUAGGAGGAGGGAUUAUAACCAAGCAAAACGAAGAAUGGUCAGGGGUAACAGGGAUAUUGGCUCUCCAUCUACUUCCAGCUCGGUUAACUCUCUAUUUCAUCAACAGUGGAGGCUUAUGGACCUCUUGAUGGAUUCUGCCGUGGAUGUUUCAACACAGAAACAAAACAGCUUUGUAUCUCUCCUUCCUCCACCCCCACCUAGAACAGCUUCAAAGAUCUUACCACCAACUUCAUCUAGAGACAGUCCAUCUAGCUAUUCCUCUAAUAGACCCAUUCCG